AAUACGAAUAAAAUUUUUAUAUUUAUACGAAAAUAAUCGCAAGUUUUCUUUUAAAAUGACGGAGAAAUCUACAGAGAAGCCAGCAUUUGAAGAAAAUGCCUUUGAAGUUUUGGAGCGCGAUUUUCAGGAGGUAUUGGGAGAGCUUAUGGCUGAUAAAAGUCUGGACAAGUUUCGUGUUGAAUACGAGAAGCUUCAUCGUGCCUUGAAGAAAUCCCACGAAAGCGAAAAGCGACUCAUGCAAAAAUGCCGCGAGCUGAAUGGCGAGAUUGUUGCAAACGCUGCCAAAGUGCAAACAGCUUUGAAACUUUCACAGGAAGACCAAAAUACCAUUACAUCUCUGAAGAAGGAAAUCGAAAAAGCAUGGAAGAUGGUUGAUGCAGCUCACGAUAAAGAGCAACGAGCUCGGGAAACAAUUCAGUCUUUGAAGCUUGAAAUAUCAAAUCUAAGUAAACUUGUUGAACAAGGUGCUGGGUUGUCAAUGGGUCAGGAUCAUAGUAUAAAUGAAUUGUUGAAAAUCAAGGAUGAUCUCACAAAAGAAAGAGAUGAAAAAUUACAAGAAAUUACAAAACUUCGUGACGAGCUCUCGCUCUUGCUGGAAAAACAAAAACAUGCUGAGCGAGACCAAGGUGAAGCUGAAAUGAAAAUUGCUGAGUUGAAAGAGGACAUUCAAGUAAAAAACAACGAAGCCCAACGCGAGAGUCGCAAGAAAGAGAAAAUGGAGCGAGAACUCAAAGCGGCGAGAACCGACUUGGAGAACAAGAGUGGGGAACUGAAAACAAAACAGAAUCUGCUGUACAAGGCUAUGGAUGAUAUCUCAAGAUUGGAACAACAACUCAAGGAGCAGAGGAUCUUGAACGAGAAAGCCACGAAGGACAAUGAUCUCCUGAAUACGCGGCUUACGAAAGUUCAACAAGACUUCGAGAGUCAGUUGCUGAGCUGCGAUCAGUUGGCUGCCGAAAACGGGCAAAAAAUGUUGGAGUUGAAAGCGAAGGAAGACGAAAUCAACGCGAUGAAACACGAAACGUUACGACUUACGAAAUUGAGGGAAACGAUUCAAAGAAAAUUACGAAAUACCGAAGAUCAGAAAAUGGAGGUUGAACAGCAGAAGGAAAUUUUGAAAAGUCAAAUUAGUGGACUGGAAAAAGAGCUCGAGGCAAGCAAGAAACAGGCCGAAGUUGAUAAAAAAGUCAUCGACGAUCUCGUGAGGGAACGAGAUAUCUUGAACAAGAAUCUUUUAAAAGCUGCAAGUGCCACUCAAAAACAACUUGGGUUAGUCCGAUUAAAUGAACAAACGAGAAAAAAUCUUGAGCAGGAAAUCCAAAACUACAAAGAUGAAGCUCAGAAACAGCGAAAGAUAAUUUUCCAACUUGAAAAGGAACGUGACCGAUACAUCAACGAAGCUGGAGAAUUGACGCAGAAAGUUCUACAGCAUAUGGAGGAUGUGAAAGUUAGAGAAAUGCAGAUCUUUGACUAUAAGAAAAAAAUUGCAGAAGCAGAAACUAAACUUAAACAACAACAGAAUCUUUACGAAGCCGUGCGCAGCGACAGAAACUUGUACAGUAAAAACCUGAUCGAGUCGCAAGAUGAAAUCACCGAAAUGAAGCGAAAAUUGAAGAUAAUGAAUCAUCAAAUCGAUCAAUUGAAAGAAGAGAUCAGCGCGAAGGAGUCGGCGCUCGUCAAGGAACAUUUGGAACAUCAACGCGUCGAGAAGGAAAAGGACACGUUAAAGGCCGAGCUACAGAGAAUGAAGCAAGAGGCUGCGGAGUCCAAGGCGUACAUCGAACAACAGGAAUCGGAAGAAAGAAAAUUAUUGAAGAUCAUAUCGGAAGCGGAUCAAGAACGAAUGAGACAGAAAAAAGAACUUGAUCAGGUGAUUAGCGAAAGAGAUAUUCUUGGAACUCAACUCGUUCGUCGCAACGAUGAAUUAGCGCUUCUUUACGAGAAGAUCAAGAUCCAGCAAUCGACUUUGAACAAAGGCGAGAUUCAGUACAGACAGAGAUUAGAAGAUAUCAGACUAUUGAAGUUAGAAAUAAAGAAACUGAGACGCGAGAAGGGAAUAUUGACAAAAAAUGUUGCUAAUAUUGAAGAUCUCAGACGUGAGGUGUAUCACACUCAACGUGAAUUACUUCGUGAAAGAACGCGCUGUAAAGCUCUUGAAGAGGAGUUAGAGAAUCCCAUGAACAUCCAUCGUUGGAGGAAGUUAGAGGGAAGUGAUCCAAGCACUUAUGAAAUGAUUCAGAAAAUUCAAACGUUACAAAGAAGACUGAUCCAGAAGACUGAAGAGGUGGUCGAGAACGAACUUCUUAUUCAGGAGAAGGAAAAACUUUACAUGGAACUCAAACAGAUCCUUGCACGCCAGCCAGGACCCGAGGUCGCGGAGCAAGUACAACUUUAUCAACACACAUUAAAAGAUAAAACGAAGCAGUUAAAAAGCAUGGCGUCAGAACUUAAUAUGUAUGAGGUACAAGUGAAGGAGUAUCAAUAUGAACUUGAAAGGCUGUCGAAAGAAUUACAGGAAGUGAAAAAGAAGUAUUACAUGCAGAAGAGGAAAGAACAACAAGCUCGUGAACAAGAAAGAACAAUACAGCAAGCGAAGAUGCCCUCGUUUGUACCUCAACGUAUAGACGGUCCGCGUUUUACUGGCGGCGGAUUUAAUCUACAUCAAACCCCGAAAGCUGUUGCAUAAUAAAACGUGCAAAGUUUUAUAGAA